AUGCCCACUAUCCAGAACCUCUAUUCUUUCAACUCUUUUGCUGACGCAAGUAAGGGUGAUGACCUGCUUCCUGCAGCCACUGAGGAUUACAUCCAUAUUCAACAGAGAAAUGGCAAGAAUAUUCUUACUACUGUCCAUGAGACUGCUGGUAAUUAUGAUAAAAAGAAACUAGAAAGGGUGUUUGAGAAGAAAUGUGCCUACCACAGUACUGUAACUGAGCAUCCAGCAUAUAAAGAAGUAAUUCAGCAACAAGGUGACCAGUAUCAAACAAUAUACCAAUUCCUAACAGAGACUUGA